AUGUUUGUGAAUUCAGCGGUAAGUCCGGCGGACGAGAUGAACGGUGAGAUAGUGGAGCACUGCGCCAAACGUUGGCACCGCGCCGGCUACAUUGUGAUGGCUAAGGUGGGAGGUUACGAUGACCCCGGCAGUCAGGAGGGCAAGGGCUGCUUUACGCCUAUGACCUCGUGCAAUCGCCGUGGUCCCUUCCCACAUUUGGCCGUUGCAUGCCCGAUUAGACGUCACAUGUCAGAGUCCACGGCAAGGCGCUCUUUUUCUCUACGCAAAACGGCUACCGGUGUGGACUUUCCAAUCCCAGUCAAUUUUGAGGAGACACUCAAGGGUGUGAAACCGCCCAUUAUUCCACCCCUGUUUAGAUCAGUAUGUGAGGAAAUUCUUGCACGGAUAGCCUCCCGUCAAUUGAGCAUUCUCCCAGCUCCCCUAAGCACUCUCUUUGUCAAUGCCGACGCCAUUGCGGGAAAUUUACUGUGGACUGCCCGGAUCGAUGAGGUUAUCAAACUGCUUCAUUUUGAAAAAAAGGGUCUAAGUGAAAAGCAGAGGAUACUCAAACGCAAGGCAGAUCUGGAACCGCAUCAGACGAGUGUCAUUACUCGUGCCAUGUUCCGGUACAUCGAACUCUGCUCCGAGGGGAUUGACUUAACUGUUAACUUUCCCGCUUAUGGUUAUCUGGUUCUGGGCCCGCCUCCACAGAGUGAAGGCAAACCAGACAUAAAAUCCUACAUACGCUCUCUCGAUUCAUUCAUUCGCGCAGCCUUGGAAAAAAAUCCUAUCAAACGUGAUAUUUUUUGCUAUUUUAUGCAUUUCAUGUCCCAAAUCUAUCAGCUAAUGGGAGACAGUUAUCGGUCGCAGCCAGCUCUUUGUGGAAUGACUCGCUACCUUUUGGCAAAUCGGUUUGGUGAGGAGAUGAUCUCGCUCUACUGUACAGAAUGUGGAUUAAGGAUAGAGGAGAGCCGUAAGGGUUGUCAGGUGUGUUCUGAUAUAGCAACCCAUAUUAAACCACCCUACCGAACGCAAGUUAUCGAUAUGAUGCUGGAGUACAUCCCCCUCUCCUAUUGGCGAGAAAAGUUGAAUGAUCCACGCCGUGGCUUGGUGGAGCAAAGGGAGACAUCCACAAAAAUUGAGGAACUCAACUUCAUCACUCAGGCUAGAACGGUGUCAAGUGUGGGUGACUUUCCGCAUUUUAAAGCGACCUCGGAUAAGGGAAGAAUGAUUUCUAAAAAGGGCCAAAAAAAAUCAUUGGUAGGAUCUAGCGGAAAUAAUGGAGUAUCGCUGCGUAAAUCACGAACUUCGACUGGAGUAAACAUUGAGGAAUUGAAAAGGAGUAUGAAAAUUAAGGACAGUGAAGAGAGUGCAGAGAAGAGUGGUGACAAUCAAGGGCCUACUAGCAAAAGAAAGCCGGAGGACCUACUGAGAAUUGGCAUAGGUAGUGAUGGCACUGAUGGAGAUGGCAUUGGAGGUGCUACCUUUGGUAGUGGUCGCAGAAACGGUGGCAAUGGUGGUAUUAGCGGCCCUAAAAGUAUUGGUGGUCGCCGCAGUGGUGGUGUUGGUGAAGCCGGUGGGAGUGGUAUCAUCAGCUCAGCCCUACGAAAAGACUCGACCUCCUCCAUAUCACUCACCCGUAGACAGACACCUUCAAGUGUCAUGCGAUCAACCCUGUUUACUACUCCUCCUACUCUCUCCCACGAAUCAACGGGGUCAACAACAACGGAAAGGAUGGAUAAGCUCAACAUCUCCACACCAAGGAGGCAAAUGAAAAAGAAGCAGCGCAGGGCGCGUUCGAGAACGAGGAAGCCGGGGGGUCGCAGCCCCUCAAGGAAGAAUCGCCAGAGAACGAGGAGUCCAGGCACGAAGAAGAAAGGUCGUGCACGCUCUCCAAAGAACAGGCGAGGAGCGGGAAAAAGUCGUGGUAGAAAACGGGCCAGAAAGACACCACGUUCGAGAGGGCGGAGGAGAGGCCGAAGUAGACGACGCUAG